AUGGGGACUGUGACCUACCGAGAUGGCAUAGCUAUCCUCCAGCUCAUCGUAUUUCCAGUUAUCCUUGUUGCCGCAAUUUUCAUUUGGAAUCGGACUGGCUGGAGGGUCGGCAGCAAGAUCUGGCGCUACGGCGUCACGCUCUCUCUUAUUCGCAUUGCCGGCAGCAUUUGUUCGUUGCUCACGAUUAGCAAUAAUGCAUACAACAUCGAGGUCGCCGUGGCAGUGUGCGAGCUGAUUGGUCUUGCGCCUUUGUUGCUGACUUUUGUUGGACUGCUGAGGCAAAUUGAUACGGAAGAAAGGAUGCACCCCAAAGGACUCAAAGUGUUGGCAAUCGUCUGCAUCAUCGGCCUCAUCCUCGGUAUUGCAGGAGUCAGCAGUGCCAACGACGACAAGAGCGGCUACCACCCAGACAGCAUUGUGAAGGCAUCCAUGGGCAUUUUCCUCGCCGUGUUCGUCAUCUACAAUGUGAUGACUGCUUGGCUAUAUCUCAAGCUUGGUUCUUCGAUCAAAGUUUUCCAGAAGAAGCUGUUCCUCGCCAUUGUCCUUUCUUUCCCCUUCAUGUUGGUCCGUUUGGUCUACGCGGCGAUCAGCGAUUACGCCGACAUUCAGGGUUUUGGCCUCGACGGAAACCCGACCAUCUAUCUAUGUAUGGAUGUGCUGGAGGAAAUAAUUGUCAUGGGCCUCGUUAUGGCCCUUGGACUGUCGGCUGUAUUUGAGCCAGACUUCGUCAAGCUCACUCCAUCUGCAUCGCGCUCCGACCCGAAGGUCGAUGAAGUUUAA